ACACUUCCUCCCACCCACCGCCGACCUCGCUUUCCUCCUCACCCACCGCCCACCUCGUCCCUCUCCUCACCAUCUCUCCCUACCCUCCGCCCUCUGCCUCCUGCCUCGAACCCCCAGAUCCAAUCCACACAACACCGCCGCCCCCGCACCCCGUACUGUCCACCAUGGCCGCCUCCUCCUCCUCCUCGCUCCGGAUCCCCACACCAACCCACCACCUCGCCGUGGGGGCGUGUCCGCGGCGGCUGCCCUUCCACGUCGUCUCCCCACAGCAGGCGCCGGCACCGGGCGACGGCGACGACGCCAACGGGCCCACCGGCGUGCCCGUGCCCUUCUACCGUGCGGGCAGCUGUUCCGGCGGGGGUCGACGCCGCAGGUGGUGCGCGAGGAGGUGGACGACUUCCUGUGCUCCGAGAGGGGCUGCCGCCGUCGCGUGCUGCCGGAACAAGCAGCAGGGGAGCUUCUGCUUGGCGCAUGCGUCUCCUUCCUUCGGCAGAAGUAGCAGAUAAUGUCGAGAGCCGAUGACGACACGGUGAUGGAGGCGGUGGACUCGGAGGUGUCGGUGACGUGCACGGACAUGGGGCUGGUCCAGAAAGCGUUCCAGGCCCUGCUGUGCACCAAGCGGCACCCCAUUGACCAGCCGAUGAUGCACGAGGUGGCCCGGGUGCUGCUCUCGCUCAUGCAGCUCCUGCCCUCCAGGUCCCAUCCACAUGCAUGCUCCCUCUUCAUCUCAGAUAUUGGAUAGAAGUAGGGAAAAACCAUCCUCCAUAUUGUUUGCUCAUUAUCUGUAUUAUGUGUAGAGAACAAUCAUGGUGUCUAUUUCUGCUUUAUGCCCCACGUUUCACUAAUAACAUGCCCAACUUCUUGCUCUAUAGGAAAUAAGUACAUGAUUGUUUAUCCUCCUGUAUAACAGUUUAAGUUUGUGACCUGAUCUUGUGCUUCUGGUAACUAGUCCAAUUUGCGUACUUUUAAGUGUCUUUUGACAUGGUGGUGCCAAACAAAACUCAUAUGCUUAUGCUGAGCUUACUUUUAAUCUUGUGAACAUGACAAUGUAGAGGAUGUACUGUAGUUCCACUCAUUUUAUUCUCUGUGAUGAGCUUAUUUUUGUAUUGUAGCCACCUUCUUGUUUACUUUGCUGAAUCAGAUCUUGUGUGCUAAUCAUGAGUUACUAGCAUUUGGCUUCUCUAUGGUAAUUAAACCUGAUAAAUCUGUGUACUUCUUUGAGAUACAAAUUCCACAUUGCAUGUUUACGAGGUUCAGUUUCUAUAGAUGUUGCCAAAUAUUGGUGUCAACGUGUCUUUCCUUAGGGGGUGAUUUAAACUGCAUAUGAUCUACUGUAUAUAUUUUUUGUUGUUCAAACAUUGAAAUUCUGGUUCAUUUAACAAACAUCAAAAUGUUGUUGACCCUGUCAUUCUAUGCUUAAAUGAUGAAAAUGUCGCAUUUUGCUUGUUCUAACAUGCUGUUAGAUUUGCUUUUAUUCUGUUCCUAACCAUUUUGUUUGAUAACUUCCAGAUCCUAGCCUUCCUUUGUGUUUUGUCGUGAGGUCUAGGAUGAACAAGUCGGGCUCAUUGGAGAUAGUUAUACUAUGAUAGCUAGUUAUUUUUUUUGUAGUUGUGUUACCUGAUGUGAACUUUUUAUUAUUGUAAACCUGAUGUUAACCAUGGUUCAUUGUAAUAAUGUGCCAAGUUUGGCUCUGUUUGAUUGUAUUCAUGAUGUGAACCAUGUUUUUCCGGAUUAGAUAUGCUUUGAAGCAUUUUAUUUUCUGUC